CAUAACUGAAGGUGGCCUCCAGCUCUGGCCGUGGACUGACAUCUAAGAAGAGAGAAGUGGGCUGCUUUCCAGAAGGCAAUUACAAAAUCAUUCUACAGUAGUUAUGUAUACAAAUUCUACAUACAUGUUGAGCAUGGAAUCACUGGCCAUAGCUCCAUCUGGUGUUUACCCAGCAUUCCUUUUUGGAACCCUUACAUACUGUUUCAUUGUGUUUUGCAACGUAACGGUUUUAGCCACCAUAGCCCUGGACAGAAAGCUGCAUAAACCCAUGUUUAUCCUACUCUUCAACAUGCCUAUCAAUGACUUAAUAGGUGCUACAGCCUUCUUCCCUCAGCUGGUGGUGAGCAUCCUGGCUCAGAACAGGUCAAUCUCCUACCCUGCAUGCUACCUCCAGGCUCUGCUCCUCCACCUGUAUGGAGCUGGCUCCUUAACUAUCCUGACUGCAAUGGCUUACGACAGGUAUAUCGCUAUCUGCUGUCCACUGAGGUAUAACGCCAUCAUGAGUCCAAGUAACUUGAUGAAAAUCAUAAUUUUCAUGUGGCUCUUGGUCAUUGCUCUGAUUGUGGUUCUGCUGGCUCUGGUCACUCGCUUCAAUAUCUGCAGAACGACGAUAGUGGAUAUAUAUUGUAACAAUCCGUCGUUGGUGAGGCUCAUUUGCGAUGACACACGUAUAAACAACUACUAUGGGUUGUUUAUAAUAGCCGUCUUUCAGGGUGUAUCGUUGCUAGUGGUUAUAUAUACAUAUAUCCAGAUCCUGAUCACCUGUGUCAUGAAUAAGUCGUCUGAUGCCCGGAGCAAGGCCAUUCAGACAUGUGGUACGCAUCUUGUAGUGUUCUUAUUCUUAGAGUUCAACGCCUGCUUUAGCCUGAUAGCUCAUCGAUUUGAGCAAACAGACCCUUUCUUGAGGAGAGCUUUUGGAGUAUCAGUUAUGGUGUUCCCUCCCAUUCUGAAUCCCCUCAUAUAUGGUCUAAAAACUAAAGAAAUUCGCCAAAAUGUUCUGGGUUUCUACAAACGAAAGGUAUCUUCAGUUAAAUGAGAAGAAAUACUGUACAUGAACAUGUAUAAUACAUGGCAUUCGCUUCAGAUAGUUUUUAAGGCCUUCCCAAUAAAAGAAAGAUAUGCUCCUUUG